AUGUUGUCUCACAAGACUUUCAGAAUCAAGCAAUUCUUGGCCAAGAAACAAAAGCAAAACCAUCCUAUCCUUCAGUGGAUUCGGAUGAAAACUGCUAACAAAAUCAGGUACAACUCUAAGAGGAGACACUGGAGGAGAACGAAGCUGGGUCUGUACGGAUUCACACAGUGUAAGACUGAGGGUUUAUACUGA